GUAGUCAACUAGUAACUUAAAACUUUCUCAAAGGCGCUAAGCCAAGUAGCCAAUAGCAACAUGUGUGGCCUGAGGACACUCACAAACACACACACCAUUUCCUAUUUUUACUCUCUUUAUCUCUUUUAGCCACCAACAACAAAACAACAUGAUAAAGCAAUUCAUUUACUGCUAAAUUCCAACAAUUUGGUCCAUUUUUCUUGUUCUUUCAGUUUCACAUGCCCUCUCAUCAAUCAAUAUCCAAAACAAUUUCAUUUUCCAAACUCUUUCAAACCCAAAAAUCAAAAAUUUUGAUUGAAGAACAAACUUUGUGGGGGUGGUGGUGGUAAAAAAUGAGUCAUUUUGGAUAUGCUUGUGCUACUCAAUCCACAUCAAGAUAUGUUCUUUUAGGAAAAUCAAAUAACCCCACUUCAGUUUCAUCUAUUGGAAGUGAUUUUUUGGGUCAUUCUGUGAGAAAUUUCAGUGUUAGUAAAGUUUAUGGUGGAAAGCAAAGAAAUGGGCACUGCCCUUUAAAGGUUGUUUGUAUAGAUUAUCCUAGGCCAGAGCUUGAAAGUACAUCCAAUUUCUUGGAAGCCGCCUACUUAUCUUCUACUUUUCGGAAUUCGCCUCGUCCUCAGAAGCCAUUAGAAGUUGUAAUCGCCGGAGCAGGUUUGGCUGGUCUAUCCACAGCAAAGUAUUUAGCUGAUGCAGGUCAUAAACCCAUAUUGCUGGAAGCACGAGAUGUUUUAGGAGGAAAGGUUGCAGCGUGGAAGGAUGAGGAUGGUGACUGGUAUGAGACUGGGCUACAUAUAUUCUUUGGGGCAUAUCCAAAUAUCCAAAAUCUAUUUGGAGAACUUGGUAUAAAUGACCGAUUGCAAUGGAAGGAGCACUCUAUGAUUUUUGCAAUGCCUAGCAAACCCGGUGAAUUCAGUCGCUUUGAUUUUCCUGAAGUCCUGCCUGCACCAUUAAAUGGCAUAUGGGCAAUCCUAAGGAAUAAUGAAAUGCUAACCUGGCCAGAAAAAAUCAAGUUUGCCAUUGGCUUGUUGCCUGCUAUGGCUGGCGGACAGUCAUAUGUUGAGGCACAAGAUAGUUUGAGUGUCCAAGAGUGGAUGAGAAAGCAAGGAGUACCCGAUCGUGUAACUGAUGAAGUAUUUAUUGCCAUGUCAAAGGCACUGAACUUCAUAAAUCCCGAUGAACUUUCAAUGCAGUGCAUCUUGAUUGCUCUAAACCGAUUCCUACAGGAGAAACAUGGUUCUAAGAUGGCCUUUCUAGACGGAAACCCUCCAGAGAGGCUUUGCAUGCCUAUUGUUAAGCACAUUGAGUCACUAGGUGGUGAAGUUCAACUAAACUCUCGUAUACAAAAGAUUGAGUUGGAUCAGAGUGGAAGCGUGGAGAGUUUUUUGCUAAAUAACGGGAGGGAAAUACGAGGAGAUGCCUAUGUUUUUGCCACCCCAGUUGACAUCUUGAAGCUGUUACUACCUGAUACUUGGAAGGAAAUCUCAUACUUCAAAAAGCUUGAAAAAUUAGUGGGCGUUCCUGUGAUUAAUGUUCACAUAUGGUUUGACAGAAAAUUAAAGAAUACAUAUGACCAUCUACUUUUCAGCAGGAGUCCUCUUUUGAGUGUCUACGCUGAUAUGUCGGAGACAUGCAAGGAAUAUAAGGAUCCAAAUAGAUCCAUGCUGGAACUUGUUUUUGCACCCGCGGAGGAAUGGAUUUCACGAAGCGACACUGAUAUUAUCGAGGCAACAAUGCAAGAGCUCGCCAAGCUUUUCCCGGAUGAAAUCGCUGCUGAUGGGAGCAAGGCCAAGAUCCUUAAAUAUCAUGUCGUCAAAACUCCAAGGUCGGUUUAUAAGACAGUACCGGAUUGUGAGCCUUGUCGGCCGCUGCAAAGAUCACCAAUAGAGGGUUUCUAUUUAGCUGGUGAUUACACAAAACAAAAAUAUUUGGCUUCAAUGGAAGGUGCUGUUUUAUCUGGGAAGCUUUGUGCUCAGGCUAUUGUACAGGAUUAUGAUCUGCUGAGUUCUCGAGCACAAAGAGAAUUGGCGGCGACAGGCAAUGUAUAACCCCGGAUUGCUUCAUCUGCCAUCGAUUUUCAUUCGGGAUCUGGAUUGGGAAUCUGAUCAGUCAUCGAAUAAUGAUCAGCUGUAAACAAAAUUAUGGGGGUUGCAUACUGGUGUUCUUCAAGUUCUUGAUGUAUAAAUUCUCCAGAAAAAAGAUUUAUUUGUAAUGAUAUAUCAAUUAAAUUUAUGUUCUGAUAGAAAUAUGUAUAGCUUACUUCUAGGGAAUCAUGUAUCUGCUCCAGUUAACUUGAUUCAAAUGUAAGCAUCAACUUUGUCCAUUGAAAUGUAAGAAUCAACAUAAUACCAAUUUAUACCAAUACAUUUCCCUUUAUUGUUUAA